CAGGACCAUAUUCGCCGCGCUGUGUAUUCUGGGAACACACAGUAGUUUCAAGAUGGCGGCGAGCAGGAGGCUGGGCAAGGAACUUGAGGAGAUUCGCAGGUCUGGAAUGAAAAACUUCAGAAACAUUCAAGUUGAGGAAUCAAACCUUUUGACAUGGCAAGGGCUCAUUGUUCCUGACAACCCUCCUUAUGACAAAGGUGCAUUCAGAAUCGAAAUCAUUUUCCCCACCGAAUACCCCUUCAAGCCUCCCAAGAUCACAUUCAAGACAAAGAUCUAUCACCCCAACAUUGAUGAGAAGGGCCAGGUGUGCUUGCCUGUGAUCAGCGCAGAGAACUGGAAACCUGCCACCAAAACUGACCAAGUAAUUCAGUCCCUCAUCGCGCUGGUGAACGACCCCCAGCCGGAGCAUCCCCUUCGGGCAGACCUAGCAGAAGAAUACUCAAAGGACCGUAAAAAAUUCUUGAAGAACGCUGAAGAGUUUACAAAGAAACACGGCGAAAAGCGGCCAAUUGACUGAUCACCUGAUGAGCGUGUAGCCCUCUCUCUGUCUCUUUCUCCCCUCCUCUCCUUCUGUCUCACCCGCCCAAACCAAAUACCGAUCUUCCUCUCGCCUCCUCCCCACUCCACACACACCUCACCACCUCCCUCGCUCACUCUCCUCCUCCCCCCUCCUUCCUCCCCUUCCACCGGUCCUCCCUGCAGUCCAGCCGCCCCAGCUGAAGCCAGGCAGCGGCAGCGGCAGCCUCAGCCUCCCUCCCCACCCCGGCCCCUCUGUGGAUCAGACAGCUUCCUCCCCCUCCUCCUCCUCCUUCUUCUCCUCCUCCUCCUCCUCCUCCUUCACCUCCUCGGCCAUAAAUCUCCAGACCAUUUCUAACUUUCUACUCUUUUCUUAAUGUGAAAAAAUGGAAAAAGAGAUGAUAAGGGAACAUGAUGUUCAGACGAAGAGUUAGAUGGAAAUACUGAGUAAUGUGUUAAUUUUCUGUUUGCUUUUCCUCUAUAUAAACAACUCUUGUGUUAAAUAGAUCUCACUUAGACAUGAUUUUUCUGAAGUUUUUUUUUGCAGAGAAGAAAAGUGGUUGAUUACUCUCUUUUUUUUCUUUUGCCCCAUCGUCAGUAAACUUUCAGGGUAAAAAAAAAAAACAAAAAAACAUGAUUGAAAGAAGAGAAGCUGUAGGUAGGACCUGGAGGUGUGUGCCGACUGAAACGUUCCCCUUACUCACCUCCACCGCUUCUAGACUUGCACUGUACUCUACAAACGGGACAAUCCCUCUCACAUCUCCUUCCCCGCAGUUUGUAACCCCACUGAGCUCAAACAAACAAUGGCAGGCCAUACAUUAAUCGCUGAAAACGCAGCAGGAGAUUCUCGAGUGUGAAUGAAAAAUUUGGUUUCCAAACACUCCAAAAUGUGUCGUUCUCAUCCUUUAAAGACGAACUCGGCAGUCUCAGAUGUACUCUUUCUGCAGUACUCUUUCUCAGAUCAGUUCUCUCAGAACAUGCUGCUAAAUAAGCAUGACAAAAGGCUAUUAUGAUUUUUUUUAACCCAUUACUCAUUAAUGAUCCUGAUUGGCACUUGUCUCAAACUGAUAACGUGGGAAAAACCUGUUUAGUUAUUUGGAAUCUUCCACGUUUCCUCUCCCACCAUUGGACAUAGACACGUAUCACAGUAAAAACCGAGCCCUUUACCACACUGAGACAUGUUCCAGCGGCAGAUGGACUGUCAGCUGCCCAGCUGAAAGGGACGUCCGGGUGGACAGAGAGAGGGAGGGAGGAAGGGAAGGGGGAAGGAGAAGCUGGAGAAGGAUGCACUCAGCUGGAUUGAAGCUCAGCUCCUGGAGGCAGUCCUAGAAACAAGCACCUUGAAGGCAGCUGGGAGAGGGCUGGCUGUCCAGGGGAUGUGUCAGGACAUGGAAAGGGACUGCAGCGGCCAAAAACAACCACCAUGUAACAGCUGUUUGAUCUGGUCCCUGUAUUGUUUCAUAAUAAAGAUGGCUAACCAUUUGGCCUCACUGUC